AUGAGCGCUACUGUUAAGGUCAACUCGUCAACGCAAUGGCGUCAGAUCUUGAGCUCGUCGGCCAUCGUUGUCGCUGACUUCUAUGCUGACUGGUGUGGUCCUUGCAAAAUGAUUGCUCCGGUGUUUGAGUCGUUGUCGACCAAAUACUCCAAACCUAACAAGAUCACUUUCUGCAAGAUCGACGUCGACAGCCAGCAGGAAGUGGCCCAGCAGUAUGGCGUGCGUGCCAUGCCGACCUUCCUCAUUCUGCACAACGGCUCUGUGAUCGAAACGAUUCAGGGAGCUAACCCUCCAGCUCUGACCGGCGCAGUUGAUAAGGCUGUCAAGUUGGCCGGCGGUGCUGCGGGAGGUGGUGCUGUAUUCAAGACCACCGGACACCGACUCGGCGGCAGUGGAGUAUCCGGGUCCCGCCCCGGGACAUCGGUGGCCCGUCCCUGGAAGUGGGAUAUCAAGAACUUGAUCAACGCAACCAUCGCCUUUAUUGGACUUUAUAUCACUUCGCUCUUUUCGCUUGACCCAUACAAGGCGGCAGAGAACUCUCCGUUCAACAAGAACAACCCGCCACCACAGGCAUUUCCAUCUGCAGGCGGUUCUGUCGGGAAAAGGCCUGCGCCGGGCGCCAAGUUCAAGACAUUGUCUGACCUGGGCAAUUAA